AUGCGGCGGACUCACGGCGCGCCCAGCAGGAAUUUCGGAGCUGCCAGACCGGUGCGUGCGCAUCCCCGCUCCCCGAAGGACGGGACAGCGAGGACAUCAGCGGGGGGCGUCGCCAGCAGGAGGCCGUCCACAUACAAGUCACCCCUGCAGACCACCAGCGGGGGCCAGCGUACAUCUUUGGAGAAGCGGACGGUCACAAACGCCCCGGUCGAGAAGAGCUCCGAGGCGACGAGGCGAAAAUUCCCCCUGUCUCUGAGACGUGUGAGGCCCGGAGACGGAGACAGGGGGCCGGCGUCACGGGGGCUGCAGAGCGCCAAGGUAUCAUCCGAGAAGAGCUCUGCAGCUAUGCCGGCCGGUACAUCGUCCGGCAGUCCCGUGGCGUCGAUACCGGCAGCAGCGGCGUCGCCACGUUGGGGAGAGGCCAGCAGCAGGGGGGUGACAUUACCCCCCCUCGGAAUACCUUCACCUCCUCCGGUACCAGCAGCGGGGGCACCGAGGGUCACGUCCAACAUCCGAGUGACGGUGCCUCCCGCUCUGCUACAGCAGUACGUACCGACGACGUCGCUGCCCGCGACCGUCACCACCACCACGGUGACAACCACGACGUGUGGGAGCCCCAUUAUGACAACGGGUCUCCCACUGGGGGAGCGCAGGACACCGAGUCCCCCCCUGCCAGCGAGACGUCGGUCACCGCCGGUGGUGCAACAACGGACCGUCUGGUCGCCCGCACCCUGCAGCGAAGGAUUCUCCCUCGUAAUGGGAGAGGGUGCGUGGGGCCAGACAAGGAAGAAGAAAACUCCACCCCACGAACACCCCGGGGUGGAGCAGCAACAGCGGCAGCAGCAGCAGCAACAGCGGAGGUCGACGCCACCAGCGAGGGAUAGUGAAGUAGCAGAGGUCCAAAGCGGUGUGCGUGCGGGGUCGGAGCGACCGCGUCGAGGAGCUGGACAUGCGCCUGGUGAGCUAGACGGCGCCAAUAGGGAGAGCAAUCGCCAGGGAAUUUCAGGAGAAGGACGCGCGAACUGGGUGCGCAAAGCGGCGCGUAUACAGGCGCUAUGCAGGGGCAACCGACGCAAAGCUGUUCGGGAAGUACUUUGUCGGCCCCCUGAAUUCUGCAAAGUGCAGAAGGAACGGGUCCAUGAGUACUUCACCGACCUAUACCGCGGCGGAUUGCCGCUGGAUGGCGCCGACGCCGUGAAACCAACCGAGCUUCUGACGGAUGGUGAGUUGGCGUUCCUCACGGAUCCCUUCACGGAACAAGAACGUCGCAUUCGACGCGUGAGUAACUCCGCGCCGGGGCCCGACGGGCUGACCUACAAGGACCUCCGUGAAGCGAAUCCUGGGUCGCGCCUUCUCACGGCGUUAUUUACCAUCUGCCUGCGCCUAGAGGUUGUUCCCGCGUCCUGGAAGAACUCCAACACAGUAUUGGUGUACAAAAAAGGCGACCAGAAUGAUCUGGAAAAUUGGCGCCUUCUCGCUAUGGGCGAUACUACGCCCAAGCUCUUCGCCGCAGUCGUAGCCGAUCGUCUGACGGACUGGGCGAUAUUUCGUCAAAAGCUUAGCCCGGUACAGAAGGGUUUCCUGCGGGACGAGGGGUGCUACGAGCACAACUUCGUCCUGCAGGAAAUCCUGACAGACGCGAGACGAUCUCAAAAAGAAUUGGUCGUGGCGUGGCUGGAUCUAUCCAAUGCGUUUGGAUCGGUCCCGCACGCGACGAUCAGGGGAGCAUUAGUUCGGUCCGGGGUGCCUGGGUCCUUCACAAACCUGUGGGGGUCCAUGUACGCGGGAUGCGCAACAUGUGUGCGCACGUCCGACGGGUGGAUGGCACCAAUCCCCAUCCGCUCUGGANUUAAACAGGGAUGCCCACUAAGCCCAAUAGUGUUCGAUUUUGCGAUUGACUCCGUGCUGCGCGCGACCACCGCAGAAAACAUGGGUUACAACAUCUUGGGGCAGCGGUGGUCCGCACUAGCGUACGCGGAUGACAUCGCACUAGUAGCGGAUACUCCAAAGGGGUUGCGACGACUUCUCACCGUCGUGGAAACCGAGGCGCGGUCGGUAGGCCUGCGAUUCAACCCCGCGAAGUGUGCAAGUUUGCACAUCCGAGCGGGGCAAUUGGAUCGCGUCCUCCCGACCCGCUUCGAGAUUCAGGGAGAGAUGAUGCAAUGCCUGGCAGAAGGAGAAGGAUAUAGGCACCUCGGCAUUCCGACGGGGUUUUUCGUUGAUCAGAACACCUAUUCUACGAUCCAGGGCAUGAUGGAGGAUUUACAGCGCGUCGAGCGCUUGUUGCUAGCCCCGUGGCAGCGAGUCGACAUGGUGGCUACUUACAUCCUGCCACGUCUCGACUUCUUGUUGCGGGGUGCUAAAGUGGAGAAGGGCCUCGUGAAGGUCGCGGACAAGCAGAUAAGAAGGCUGGCCAAGUCGUGGCUCAACGUCCCUCAGCGCGCCAGCGCGGAGGUAGUCUACCUCCCUCCUAACAAGGGGGGAUGUGGCCUGCUUCCGCUCGCUGACCUCGCCGACGUCCUGACAAUAGCGCACGUCUUCCGUGUUCUCACGGCUGGCGACGCUGGAGUCAGAGACCUGGCGUGGGCGUCGAUGAGGGGAGUGGUUCAGCGGCAAAUUGGUUCAGUACCAACGGAGCAGGACAUCGCUUCGUUUCUCUCGGGCUCGCUCGAGAGAAAGUUCCGCGACGGUGGAGAGCGCUCCCUUUGGUCGGAUGCGCGAAACGCGUGUAGACGGCAGUCCUCCAGAUUGCGGAUCCGCUGGAUGUUGGCGGAAGAGACGCGGGAGAUUCUUCUGGUGUGUCGGGGCACGGGGGGUAACCUGGUGAAGAUCCCACCAGAAGCGCGGGCGCAGGUCAUCCAUGCACUACGCCUGGCUAUCGCGUCGUAUUAUACGAGCACAUUGCUCGCCAAAAAGGAUCAGGGGAAGUUGUUCGAGGUGGCCAUGCGUCAUGGAGUGAGCAAUCACUUUAUGCGCACUGGCAGCUUCACCCGCUUCGCCGACUCAACGGCGCACGUCGUUCAAUGUCAAUGCAUGCUACAGAGUAGCGAUUAUAUUGGAUUUGAACCGCGCUGCAGCUCCCAGGUUCUUGUCAUAAUUCUCUGCGUUUAA